AUGGAAAAAUUGAACAGGGCGGCCUGGCUGCGCCGAGACAGAAAGAAACGUAAAGUAUCGUGGAAAACGAGCGCCGAAGUCGCCUCCGGCGGGGGUCAGCGUGUGGGCUCGCCAGCCACCCCGAGCAAUGCUCCGGCUCCACGUGACGAAACUCCUUCUGGUCACCUGUCGCUCCGUGUCACCCAAGCAGCAUCUCCUUACCCUGCGCAUUCCUCGGCGGACGGCACAGACGCCUUCACGCUCGACGACUCCUAUGCCUCGUGCAGCAUCCUCCCCAAAAGCCGGAGGUCUCCAGCUGACGUCCGGAGCCUGACGGUCUCAGCUCGGACUGUCCAGCGAUCCCCAGUUCCUUUGCUACGAAAAGGGAAGGCGGCAGAAAGCCUGACUCGCACAGAGCUGCGGAGCGCCGUCACCGUCUGGGUGCUGCGGCAGGUAUCGGGGGGCUGGCCCGGACCCACCGUGCCUCCCAAAUGUCUCCUGGUACCCGAAAGCCACCGCUUUGACUGCUACCCAGAGCAACACGUGGUGGUGACCCAGGAGCUCUGCGAAAGCCGGGGGUGCUGCUUCAUCGAGAGGCCCCCGCCGGCUGGGGGCAAGCGGGGGGUGCCCUGGUGCUUCUACCCCCCCGACUUCCCCAGCUACGUGUUGGAGAGCCUCAACCAGACGGCGCUGGGUAUGGUGGGGCUGCUGGUGCGGAGGGAGAAGGCCUAUUACCCCCGGGACAUCGAGAUGCUGAGGCUGGACGUGGAGUUUGAGACAGACACGCGGCUGCACAUCAAGAUAACGGAUGCAGCCAACCCGCGAUAUGAGGUUCCCCUCGAGGUUCCCGGGGCAAUGAAGAGAGCGGAAAACCCAAUCUACAGCCUGGACUUCUCCUGGGACCCCUUUGGGGUGCUGCUGCGGCGCAGGGCAACGGCGACAGUGCUGCUCAACACCACCGUGGCCCCCUUGAUCUUCGCUGACCAGUUUCUCCAAAUAGCCACAUCGCUCCCAUCCAGGUUCCUCUACGGGCUGGGGGAGCACCGUGGCACCCUCCUGCACAGCCUGGACUGGAGCACCCUCACGCUGUGGGCACGCGACGUCUCUCCCACGGAAUCAUUCAACCUCUACGGCGCUCACCCCUUCUACCUGCUGAUGGAGGAGGGCGGAGAUGCUCACGGGGUGUUCCUCCUCAACAGCAACGCCAUGGAGGUGGCCCUGCAGCCCGCUCCGGCCCUGACCUGGAGGACCAUCGGCGGGGUGCUGGAUUUUUACAUCUUCCUGGGACCCGAUCCCAACAUGGUCAUCCAGCAGUACCAGCAGGUGAUAGGUUUCCCGGCCAUGCCACCCCUCUGGGCACUCGGCUUCCACCUCUGCCGCUGGGGCUAUGGAUCCAGCAAUGAGACCUGGCAGACCGUGAGAGCCAUGAGGAACUACCAGAUCCCCCAGGAUGCACAGUGGAAUGACAUCGAUUACAUGGAUGGGUACCGGGACUUCACCUUCGAUCCCCAGAAAUUUGCCUCCCUCCCCUCACUGGUGGAAGACCUCCACAAACACGGGCAGCGCUACGUUAUGAUCUUGGAUCCUGGCAUCAGCAGCACCAACCCUCACGGCUCCUACUGGCCCUUCGAUGAAGGCUUGAGACGGGGCUUGUUCCUCAACACCACCCAAGGGCAGCCGCUCAUCGGGCAGGUCUGGCCCGGCUUCACUGCCUUUGCAGACUUCUCCAACCCGGAUACGCACCAGUGGUGGCUGGAGAACCUGCAGCGCUUCCAUGCCCACGUGCCCUUCGACGGCCUCUGGAUUGACAUGAAUGAACCAUCCAAUUUCAUGGAUGGGUCUGAAGAGGGCUGCCCCCCGGGAGAGCUCGACAGCCCACCCUACACCCCGGCCGUGCUGGGCGAUUCCCUCUCUGCAAAGACGGUGUGUGCCUCGGCGAAGCAGAAAGCCUCGGUGCACUACAACCUCCACAACCUCUACGGGCUGAUGGAAGCCAAAGCCACGGCGAGCGCCUUGAUCCAGAUCCGGGGGAAGCGCCCCUUCGUCAUCUCCCGCUCCACCUUCCCCAGCCAGGGCCGGUACUCGGGGCACUGGCUGGGCGACAACCGGAGCCAGUGGAAGGACAUGUAUUACUCCAUCCCCGGCCUGUGCGGGUUCAGCCUCGUCGGCUGCCCGCUGGUCGGGGCGGACAUCUGCGGCUUCUCCGGCAGCACCUCGGAGGAGCUGUGCACCCGCUGGAUGCAGCUCGGCGCCUUCUACCCCUUCGCCCGCAACCACAAUGCCCAGAAUGAGAAGGCCCAGGACCCGACAGUGUUCAGCCCCGCAGCGAGGACGGCCAUGAAGGACGUGCUGUUGACCCGCUACUCCCUCCUGCCCUUCCUCUACACCCUGUUCCACCGUGCCCACCUGCAAGGGGACACCGUUGCCCGGCCUUUGUUCUUUGAGUUCCCCCGGGAUGUGGCAACCUUGGGGCUGGACAGGCAGUUCCUGUGGGGCCGGAGCCUGCUGGUGACACCGGUGCUGGAGCCCGGGGUGGACUCGGUCACGGGCUAUGUCCCCCGAGGCGUGUGGUACGACUUCUACACGGGCUCCUCAGUGAACAGCGGCGGGGAGAUGCUGAAGAUGUCGGCCCCCCUGGAGCACCUCAACCUGCAUGUCCGGGAGGGUUCCAUCCUGCCCACCCAGAAAGCAGGGACGACCAGCGAGGUGACCCGAGGGAAUCCCCUGCGCCUCAUCGUGGCUUUGUCCUCAAGUGGCACUGCCUGGGGGGACCUCUUCUGGGACGACGGCGAGAGCCUAGACACCUUCGAGCGAGGCAGCUACUCCUACCUGGUGUUCAACGUCACGCAGAACAUCUUCACCUCCACCGUCCUCCACGCCAGCACUGAGGCCACCGAGGUCACCAUUGACAUGCUGAGCAUCUUCGGGGUGCGCGAACCACCCAGCAAAGUCCUCCUGAAUGGCCAGGAGAAGCCCUUCUCCUACCUUGACAACCAGGGGGAGCAGAGCUCCACCAAGCCGGUUGUCCCCACUGUGCUGCUGGAUGAAAUUGAGGCAGCAGAGGCAGAAGGCAACGAUGACCGCAUUGAGGGGGUGCUGUGCGGAGCCGUGAAGCAGCUGAAAAUGAACAGAGCCAAGCCUGAUACCACGCUGUACCUGAGCCUCAUGUACCUGGCAAAAAUCAAACCAAACAUAUUUGCCACCGAAGGGGUUAUCGAGGCACUGUGCAGCCUACUCCGAAGAGAUGCCUCCAUCAAUUUCAAAGCCAAAGGGAAUAGCCUCGUGUCUGUCUUGGCCUGCAACCUUCUCAUGGCAGCUUACGAAGAGGAUGAGAACUGGCCAGAGAUCUUUGUCAAGGUUUACAUUGAGGACUCCCUUGGGGAGCGCAUCUGGGUGGACAGCCCUCACUGCAAGACAUUUGUGGAUAACAUCCAAACAGCUUUUAACACAAAGAUGCCUCCCAAGAGCAUGCUCCUGCAUGGGGAAGUUGGACGUAGUGGAGGGGACCUUAGUGCAGGGAGUAGCCCACACCCUUCCAUGACAGAGGAGGAAGACAGCCAGAGUGAGCUGCUGAUUGCAGAGGAGAAAAUGAGCCCGGAGCAGGAGGGCCAGCUCAUGCCCAGGUAUGAUGACCUUGCGGAGAGUGUGGAGGAAUAUGUCCUAGACAUGCUGCGGGACCAACUCAACCGCCGCCAGCCGAUGGACAAUGUCUCCAGGAACCUCCUUCGACUGCUGACGGCAACCUGUGGCUACAAAGAGGUGCGGCAGAUGGCUGUACAGAGGCUGGAGAUGUGGCUGCAGAAUCCAAAGCUGACCAAGCCAGCUCAGGACUUGCUGAUGUCAGUCUGCAUGAACUGCAACACUCACAGCUCAGAGGACAUGGAAGUUAUCUCCAACCUGAUCAAGAUUCGUCUCAAGCCCAAAGUCCUUCUCAACCACUACAUGCUGUGUGUCAGAGAGCUACUGAAUGCGCACAGGGAUAACCUGGGCACCACAAUUAAGUUUGUGAUUUUCAAUGAACUGUCAAAUGCAAGAAAUCCCAACAACAUGCAGAUCCUGUAUACCGUGCUUCAGCAUAGCUCAGAGCAAGCUCCGAAGUACCUAGCAAUGGUGUUCCAGGAUCUUUUGACUACAAAAGAUGAUUACCUGCGGGCUUCACGGGCUCUGCUGCGAGAGAUCAUCAAGCAGACGAAACAUGAGAUCAACUUCCAGGCUUUCUGCCUGGGUCUUAUGCAGGAACGGAAGGAGGCCCAGUAUGCAGAAAUGGAAUUCAAGGAACGGUUUGUCAUCCACAUAACUGAUCUGCUAGCUGUCUCCAUGAUGCUUGGUAUCACAGCUCAGGUGAAGGAGGCUGGAAUUGCUUGGGACAAAGGAGAGAAGAAGAACCUGGAAGUGCUACGCUCUUUCCAGAACCAAAUUGCUGCUAUCCAACGAGAUGCUGUCUGGUGGCUUCACACGGUCGUUCCAUCUAUCAGCAAGCUGGCUCCAAAGGACUACGUGCACUGCCUCCACAAGGUGCUCUUCACAGAACAGCCAGAAACCUACUACAAAUGGGACAACUGGCCCCCUGAGAGUGACCGCAACUUCUUCCUUCGCCUCUGCUCCGAGGUGCCCAUCCUUGAAGACACACUGAUGCGAAUCCUUGUGAUCGGUUUGUCGCGGGACCUUCCUCUUGGCCCUGCUGAUGCCAUGGAGCUUGCUGACCACUUGGUGAAGCGGGCUGCGGCUGUGCAAGCAGAUGAUGUCGAGGUCCUGAGGGUAGAAAGAAUCCAGCUGAUCGAUGCAGUCUUAAAUCUGUGCACUUACCACCAUCCAGAGAAUAUCCAGCUACCCCCAGGGUACCAGCCUCCAAAUCUAGCUAUUUCUACCCUCUACUGGAAAGCCUGGCCUCUCCUGCUUGUAGUGGCUGCAUUCAAUCCUGAAAACAUUGGUCUGGCUGCAUGGGAGGAGUACCCCUCUCUAAAGAUGCUCAUGGAAAUGGUCAUGACCAAUAAUUAUUCCUAUCCUCAAUGUACUUUAACGGAUGAGGAGACACGCACAGAGAUGAUUAAUCGUGAACUUCAAAUCUCCCAGAGGGAAAAACAGGAGAUUCUUGCAUUUGAGGGUCAUCUGGCUGCUGCAUCCACAAAACAAACAAUUACAGAGAGCAGCAGUCUCUUGCUGUCCCAGCUGACAAGUCUGGACCCUCAGGGCCCCCCGCGCAGACCUCCACCACAUGUCCUGGAGCAGGUGAAAAGCCUGAACCAGUCACUUCGCUUAGGCCACCUCCUGUGUCGCAGUCGUCAUCCUGACUUUCUUCUCAACAUCAUUCAAAGACAGGCCUCAUCGCAGUCAAUGCCAUGGCUGGCAGAUCUGGUUCAGUCCAGCGAGGGCUCCUUGGACGUCCUACCUGUGCAGUGCCUUUGUGAGUUCCUGCUUCACGAUGCUGCUGAUGAGUCGACCUCAGGUGAAGAAGAAGAGGAGGGCGAGAGUAAAGAGCAGCGUGCCAAGAAACGCCAGAGACAACAGAAACAAAGGCAGUUGCUUGGACGGUUGCAAGACUUGCUGUUGGGUCCCAAAGCAGAUGAACAGACAACCUGCGAGGUGCUUGACUAUUUCCUACGACGCCUGAGUUCCUCCCAGGUGGCUUCACGGGUCUUGGCCAUGAAGGGCUUGUCCCUGGUGCUGUCAGAAGGGGGACUGCGUGAUGGAGAGGAGAAAGAUCACCCCAUGGAAGAGGACUCUGGCGAUUCUGAACUGCUGCAGGGGUAUCAGUGGCUGCUGAGAGACCUCCCAAGGCUGCCGCUCUUUGACAGUGUUAGAGCGACAACAGCUCUUGCCUUGCAGCAGGCCAUCCACAUGGAGACAGAUCCCCAGACCAUCAGUGCUUACCUGGUGUACCUCUCCCAGCAUGCGCCAGUGGAGGAGCAGGGACAGCACAAUGACCUCGCCCUGGAUGUAGCCCGACUCAUAGUGGAACGCUCUACCAUCAUGUCUCACCUCUUCUCCAAGCUCUCGUACUGUGCUGAAUCAGAUGCAGUGCUUGUUGCUCUUCUCUCCAUCUUUUCUCACUACAUCAAACGCAUGCGCCAGAGUAAGGAGGGCGAGGAGGUGUACAGCUGGUCAGAGUCCCAGGAUCAGGUGUUCCUUCGUUGGACUAGUGGGGAAACAGCCACUAUGCACAUCCUUGUGGUUCAUGCCAUGGUUAUUCUCCUGACACUAGGGCCGCCUCAAGCAGGGGAUGGUGAUUUUUAUACCUUACUGGAUAUAUGGUUCCCAGAGAAAAAGCCCCUUCCUACUGCUUUUCUGGUUGACACCUCAGAGGAGGCUCUGCUGCUCCCGGACUGGCUAAAGCUGCGUAUGAUCCGCUCCGAGGUCCCGCGUCUUGUGGAUGCAGCCCUGCAGGACCUGGAGCCACAGCAGCUCCUUCUCUUUGUUCAGUCCUUUGGAAUCCCAGUUUCCAGCAUGAGCAAGCUCCUGCAAUACCUGGAUCAGGCAGUAUCUCAUGAUCCGCAGACACUGGAGCAGAACAUCAUGGACAAGAACUAUAUGGCUCACCUUGUGGAGGUUCAACAUGAGAGAGGAGCGACAGGAGGCCAGACUUUCCACUCCCUGCUCACUGCAUCCUUACCAGCCCGCCGAGACAGUGCUGAGACUGCAAGGUCAAAGUCUAGUCCUGAGAACUCUCAAGGCCAGAGCCGGAUCCGGGCCUUAAGCCAGGUCCGGGUGCUGGGCCCAGAAGAUGAUCUAGCAGGCAUCUUUCUGCAGCUUUUCCCACUGAAUCCAGACCCACGGUGGCAGAAUUCAAACCUGCGCCCGCUUGCCCUGGCCUUGCAGCAGGCCCUGGGGCAGGAACUGGCUCGCAUUCGCCAGGGGAACGCGCCGGUGACUGGGAUCACAGCACGGCUCCUCCAGGCAGUAGCUGCACUGAUGAACUCGCCACACAGCGGCGCGUUGGUGAUGGCAAUGCAUCGUAACCACUUCGUCUCCUGCCCGCUGAUGCGCCAGUUGUACCAGUAUCAGCGCUGUAUGCCACAAGACACUGCUUUCUCCUCGCUCUUCUUCAAAGUCCUCAUGCAGAUGCUGCAGUGGUUGGAGAACCCUGCAGUGGAAGAUGGUCCUCUGCGAGCUCAGCUGAAGGCCUUUGCUGUGCAGUACUCCUCAAGGCACAGGAUCAGUGACGUUCGAGGUGGCUUUUUGCACCUCACAGAAGCUCUGACUUUCCGUCAUGACACUGACUUGAUCAGCUCCACGGUACGUGCCAUCAUUGCAACCCUGAAGUCAGGAGAGAAGUGUAAUGUGGAGCCAGAGCUCAUCAGCAAAGUUCUUCAAGGUCUAAUUGAAACUCACUCUCCGUACUUGGAGGAACUCCUGACUGUCCUCUUCUCAGCUACUGUUGAGACCACUGCCAGGUUUCCUGCCAUGAAACCAAUUGCUGUGGUGAGCUCCUUGUUACUCCAAGACAAAGAAGAAACACCAGUGAAGGAGGAGCUGGACAGUUGCAGCACUGAAGCAGCUUGGCUCGGGCCCUCCUCUGGCCUUCUCAAUGACUGGCUGGAGAUGCUGGACCCAGAGGUGAUCAGCAGCUGCCCUGAUCUCCAGCAGAAGCUACUGUUCUCCUGGAACAAAGCAGGGUCCCAGGUGCCCUCCUUCCGCCCGUAUCUCUUGGCUCUUCUCACUCACCAGUCCAGCUGGACCACGCUACACCAGUGCAUCAGGCUUCUGCUUUGCAGAAACCGGGAGCAAAGGUUUGACCCAUCUGCAUCCUUGGAUUUCUUGUGGGCCUGUAUUCACAUUCCUCGGAUCUGGCAGGGAAGGGACCAAAGAACUCCUCAGAAGCGCCGUGAGGAAUUUGUCCUCCACCUAAAGGCAUCAGAAUUGAUCAGCAUGGUGGAGCUGAUCCUGGCUGAAGCAGAAACCAGGUACCAGAACACAGAAGAGGCCUCCUGCACGCUCAUCCAGUCUCGACUGCCUUUGUUGCUCAGUUGUUCUCAUGGGGACCUUGAGAGCAUCAAAAAAGUAACGGAGUAUCUGACCAGCUGCAUCCAGCAGUGGGGAAGCAGCUCUGUGGGAAAAUGCUGCCAGGACCUUCUGCUUCAGAUAUACCUGCAACUACCCGAGCUCCUUGUGCCUCUGCCUGAGAUGCUUCUCACCAGUGAAGGAGCCAGAGAUAGCAGCACUUGCAAGCUCGAUGCCCUGGUUCACAGAUUCAUUAACCUCCUCGCAGACACCAGUGAUUCCAAGUCAUCAGAAAGCCGCGUGUGGGAUGCCAAUAUGGCCUGCAGGAAGCUAGCUGUGGCUCACCCCAUCCUACUUCUAAGGCACUUGCCAAUGAUUGCAGCACUGCUGCAUGGCCGUGUUCACCUCAAUUUCCAGGAGUUCAGGCAGCAGAACCACUUGACCUUCUUCAUCCACGUCCUGGGGAUCCUGGAGCUGCUCCAGCCGCAGGUCUUCCAGAACGAGCACCAGGCGGCACUAUGGGACUGUCUGCUGUCCUUCAUCCGUCUGCUCCUGAACUACAGAAAAUCCUCACGGCACCUGGCUGCCUUCAUCAGCAAGUUUGUCCAGUUUAUCCACAAGUACAUCACAUGCAAUGCCCAGGCAGCUGUCUCCUUCUUGCAGAAGCACUCGGAUCCACUCCAUGACCUGUCGUCAGACAACAGUGACCUAGCAAUGUUGAAGUCCCUCCUGGCUGGGCUGAGUCUGCCUAGUAAGAUUGGCAUCUUGGACAGGGGCUCUGAUGAAGAGAAGGAUGAUGAAGCAGCAGCUGGCUCUCUCCCCCUUGUCAGUGUGUCUCUCUUCACUCCUCUCACACCAGCUGAAAUGGCCCCGUAUAUGAAGAGGCUCUCUAGAGGCCAGACGGUUGAGGACAUCCUGGAGGUGCUGACAGACAUUGAUGAGAUGUCCAGGCGGAGGCCAGAAGUCCUCUCCUUUUUUGCUACAAACCUGCAGAAGCUGAUGAGUUCAUCAGAGGAGUCCUGCCGAAAUCUGGCCUUUAGCCUGGCUUUGCGCUCCAUUCAGAACAACCCCAGCAUUGCUGCAGACUUCCUUCCCACCUUCAUGUACUGCCUUGGCAGCCGAGACUUUGAGGUGGUGCAGACAGCACUGAGGAACCUGCCUGAAUACACCCUCCUUUGCCAAGAGCACGCGGCAGUGUUACUGCACAGGGCCUUCCUGGUGGGGAUGUAUGGCCAGAUCGACACCAGCUCGCAGAUAUCAGAGGCCUUGAAGGUUCUGCACAUGGAGGCCAUGAUAUGAACAUGGGGCUCGGGGGCUCCACUUCCAGAGGAAUUAAUUUAACUGGACUCAUCGGCUGCAUUGAAGCCCUGUAAGAAGACAGUGUAUUUCACCCCAUGUGCUGGAAUAUCAGAGGUGAUGUAGCAGGCCAAACUGCUGGAAGAGGAGAGUGUGCUGACUGAAGAUCAGAAAGGGGCAAGGAUCCAUCUCUCUGGCUUAGAAGCCAUUAUUGCAGGAGAAAGAUCUCUUGAACGUCGUGCCACUUCACAACAGGGACCAUUUCUUUCAUGGGGUCUUAGGGCAGUGGCUGUCGGUUUGUUGUUUGGUUUUUGUCUCUCCAAGAAGGCAGAGCUGCUGGGAGAGCAGAAGGGAGCGCUGGCCCUUGCACUUGAAUUCUCUGCGUUCUCUCUAUUGGAGGGAACAUGCAGAUCUGUGCAGGGUGAGAGACCACUUUGUUUUCUGAGGGUGGGUGUUUGGGUUUUUUUUUUCCUUUUUUAAUUAAAAUUGUCUUGUUUC